CUCGGCCUUCUCUCAACACAAGGCGGCGUCUCAGGAUUCAUUCAGCCGCACACAGACGACACCAGACGUGCGAGACAACAGAUACUCUUCCGAGCUGGGGUUAUCAAAGAGGCUGGGGGGUCCAAAAAGAGAGAAGCAAGUGUCCCACUGAAAGGCGGAAUUAGCUAUCUGGUCAUGGCGGAGGUUGGUGAGGUUUUGAUGUCGGUAUUGUCCACAAUCCGGGUCCCGAAGCCCGGGGACCGGGUCCACAAAGACGAAUGCGCCUUGUCAUUUUCCUCGCCGGAAAGUGAAGGAGGACUGUAUCUGUGCAUGAACAGUUUCCUUGGCUUUGGGAGUCAGUAUGUGGACAGGUACCAUGCCCGGACUGGCCAGAGGGCUUACUUACACAUAACCCGGACUCGCAAGGCGAAGGUGCCGAAAGAAGAUGACAAUAACUCUGGAUCUGGACACCCGCCAAAGAAAAAGCCCACCAGAUUGGCUAUAGGGAUUGAAGGAGGGUUUGAUGUGGAGCAGGAGCAGUAUGAGGAGGAUGUAAAGGUGGUCAUUUUACCUGAUAGACAAGAAGUGACAUCAGAGGACCUUGCUACCAUGCCUGAUGUUGUGAGAGAGCGGGUGUCCCUAUCAAUGGCGGGUAUCAUGGCAGCCGACUCAGUGUCUCAUGCCUUACAAGUUCAACAGUGGGAUGGAGAGGUGAGACAGGAGUCAAGGCAUGCUAUUGAGCUUAAACAGCUUGACAACGGAGUCAAGAUCCCUCCCAGUGGCUGGCGGUGUGAGGUGUGUGACCUCCAGGAGAAUAUUUGGAUGAACCUGACAGACGGCAAAGUGCUGUGUGGUCGCAGGUAUUUUGAUGGCACCGGGGGCAACAACCACGCCCUUCUACACUUCCAGGAGACAGGAUACCCAAUAGCUGUCAAACUUGGUACCAUCACUCCUGAUGGAGGGGAUGUGUAUUCCUAUGAUGAGGAUGACAUGGUACUGGAUUCCAAGUUACCAGAGCACCUAUCUCACUUUGGCAUCAACAUGAUGACCAUGGAAAAGACUGAACGGACAAUGACAGAGCUGGAGAUUGCUGUGAACCAGCGUGUGGGGGAGUGGGAGGUGAUUCAGGAGUCGGGGACCACCCUGAGGCCCCUGUUUGGCAACGGUUUGACUGGCAUGAAGAAUCUGGGCAACAGUUGCUACCUCAACUCUGUCAUGCAAGUGCUCUUCACCGUUCCAGAUUUCCAGAACAAAUAUGUGUCCAACAUUGACAAAAUUAUUGAUGAAGCCCCAAGUGACCCCACCCAAGACUUUAAAACCCAAGUAGCCAAGCUCGGCUACGGUCUGUUGUCAGGAGAUUAUUCCAAACCAGCGCCAGACCCUGGAGAUGAAAAUGUUGCAUCUGAACCUAGGGGAGACCAAAUCGGUAUAGCACCACGAAUGUUCAAAGCACUGGUUGGGCGGGGCCACCCAGAGUUCUCUACGAAUCGACAACAGGAUGCUCAGGAGUUUUUAUUGCACUUCAUAAACAUGGUGGAGAGGAACUGUCGCUCUGGGUCCAACCCAUCUGAAGCCUUCAGGUUCCUGGUGGAGGAGAGGAUUGUUUGUCAGCAAUCACAUAAAGCCAAGUACACGCAGCGGGUGGAUUACAUCGUCCAGCUGCCUGUGCCGAUGGACCAGGCUACCAACACAGAAGAGCUGCAAGAGGCAGAGCGCCGGCGUGAGGAGGGGGACUCAUCUGCCCCUAUAGUGCGUGCACAAAUCCCCUUCACAGCUUGCAUGGCGGCCCUCAGUGAACCAGAGAUCCUCACCGACUUCUGGAGCUCAGCUGUGCAGUCCAAGACUACUGCUACCAAAACAACCCGCUUUGCCUCUUUCCCUGACCACCUGGUCAUCCAGAUUAAGAAGUUCACCUUUGGCCUUGACUGGGUGCCCAAGAAACUGGAUGUGAGCAUUGACGUUCCAGACACUCUGGACCUGAGUGCCCUCCAUGCAACUGGCCAACAGCCAGGGGAGGAGCUUCUACCAGAGGUGGCCCCGCCCUCACUCAUGACCCCAGAUGUGGAGGUUAAAGGUAUCCUGGGUUUCCAUGGCAACGAGGAGGACGACUCUCUCUACUCCCCACUGCUGUCUCCAGUCCUUGAUGACUCCACUGUGUCCCAGUUAUGUGAAAUGGGAUUCCCACUGGAGGCCUGCAGGAAAGCGGUGUACUACACUGGGAACACUGGAAUCGAUGCUGCCAUGAAUUGGAUCAUGAGCCAUAUGGAUGACCCAGACUUUGCGGCCCCCCUGGUGUUGCCAGGCUGCAGCUCCGGUGCCGGGACCACACCCAUUGAGAGCCUCUCAGAGGAGCACCUGGCAACCAUUGUCUCCAUGGGCUUCAGCCGAGACCAGGCAACCAAAGCACUUCGAGCUACGAGUAAUGUCCUGGACCGGGCCGUAGACUGGAUCUUCUCCCACCUGGAUGACCUGGAGUCCAUGGAUGUGUCUGAAGGCGGUCGCUCAGGCGCAGAGAGCGAGGGUGGCAGAGAUCCUCCUCCACCUGGGCCUCGUGUCAAAGACGGACCAGGAAAGUAUGAGCUGUUUGCGUUCAUCAGUCACAUGGGGACGAGCACAAUGUGCGGCCACUACGUCUGUCACAUCAAGAAGGAUCAUCAGUGGGUCAUCUUCAACGAUCAGAAGGUCUGCGCUUCAGAGAAACCUCCCAAAGACCUGGGAUACCUCUACUUCUACCGGAGAGUGGCUGAAUGAGACGCGGAUCGUUGGAUCCGAGGGUGAAGAAGAAAUGUGGACGCUAACACAAACACACAAGACAGCAUUUAUAGUCACACCCCACCAAGCUCUUAAAAAAAUGCCCUGGCAUGCUUCACAACUGACUUAAGUGUAAAUAAAUCUCUCAGAUUGCAUAUAUACACAGUUGAAUACAUUGGUGCGGAUGUACAGACGAGGUGUUUGGGAAGGAGGUUUUUCCUUUUUAUCCAUUGAUUACAAUCCAUGGGCCUGUUCAGAGAAGCAUAUUCAGUUACUUACCUGGACAACUAUGUUGAGUAAAGUUGGUUAAAACGCGUGCUCCAAGUUUGACUCCAGAUAAUUCACAAAGUUUCAUGGAACAGGCCCCCGAACAUGAGAGGGUUGCUGAAUCCAGUCACUCCCUGCUUAACUAUCACCUCAAUCCAUGUCCUGACUGUUGAUUCCACUGCCAUCAGUAGUCACUGCCCCACCCCAUCAACAUAUGUUGCUUCCGGCCCUCUCUUUUAUUGGAUGUUUGCAGUUUGGUGUCACCAUUUUACUCAUUUCUCCUCUCCCCGUUUCAGUGAGGAAGUAAACGUGUUGUUUUCGAAAACUGUUAAACAUCCACGAUGAGAGGAAAUAUCAGUUAAUCAAACAAGUGAAUAACGGCUCAAAUGUGUGUUACAAAAAGGAAAUAAAAAUAAAAACAGUUAUUUCUUUAAAGUUUGGUGAGGGUGAUAUCUGGCUGAUUUUUGUUUUAUUGUUUUAUUUUGCAAACAAAUUAUUUGUUACUUCUGCUGUAACAAAUAAAGAAUUGUCUUUCUGUCA